CACAUGACACACACUAGCUAUCACACACACGCACUCAACUCUAGUUGAAACAGCCGACUCUUCUUAUUGUGUCGCUCCCAGAGCGGAUAGUCACUGAGUCUCCGGCGUGUUUCUUAUCAGAUGACUUUGAGAGAAGUGACCAUGCAGGGUUGCACGCGGAUGGGCACUUUAUGGACAUAAACGUUGGAUGAAACACAGUUGUGACUGACUUGAGCCUAUUACUUUUUCGCUUAUUGAGCAAUAGAGGACAGUGUGUUACUAGCAGAGAGCGCGUGUGUUUGGCGUGUUUGGCGUACUUGAAGGAGCAGAGCGCGAGUAGCACGUUGCGCAGAGCCAGUAAGAGAGAGAGAGAGAGAGAGAGAGAGAGUAAUAGGGAUGAGAGCUCAGUGAGCCAGCAGACAAACAUUCAAAGCUUCUUAACGGCAGGUGGGAGGAAGAUCGAGCUGGUGUGUGGCUGUGGGAGUGUUUCCCCCCCGUGGAUACCCACCCUGGACACCGCACCAAGUGGGAGAAGCGCCAAUACCAGAAGCUUGUAGUGGCUGGCGGGCAGGUGUCAGCCUACUCACGGCGGGUAACAGUCCAUACAGUCCAUGUAGGAUAUGCUUUCUACGUCCAACACGAUGAACUGGCGUUCUGAUAGCUGAGGCCAAGAAGGGAUAUCUGGGACAUCGCGUCGUAAUAAGUCCUCGAACCCGUGACGUUGAUAUGGGGAGAGAAAGAGCGCACGGGCGAAACCCGGUUGGUUGUAAGAGUGGAGGAGCAGGGAGCAGCGCGAGGACGGAGAUGAGUCGGGACCGGGGCCAGCAGUGGACUGUGAUUCUUCUCGUCAUCCUUGCACUGCAACCACAGGCUGUGUGGGCGGUGGGCAUGUUUGAGCUGCAGAUCCGUCACUUUCAGAACCCCCAAGGCCUGCUGCUGAACGGGCAGUGCUGCGACCUCCCAGCCAGCGGGGGGCAGCGCUGCUCUCUCAGGGACCAGUGCGACACCUUCUUCCACGCCUGUCUGAAGGAGUAUCAGACUCGCGUGGCCCCCGCUGGACCCUGCACCUUCGGGUCGGGCAGCACAGGGGUCCUGGGCAGCAACACGCAGCUGAUCCGCCACAGAGGACACGACGGAGGAGGAGGGGAUGUCGGACACAUCGUCAUCCCGUUUAAAUACGCAUGGCCGGUAAGUACCUUUGUCCUGUCUCAGCUCCUGUUGUAGUCCAGUUUGUGGUCUGGGAUGUUAUGCUGCAACACAGGCAGAGUUUUACAUUUACCUUACAUUUAUGCAUUUACAUUUAGUCAUUUAGCAGACGCUCUUAUCCAGAGC